UCGGAUGGGCUGUUAAGCAGGUGGCCCCUGCCCAGGAACAAGAUGCGUUUAGAGUUGGACCGUUCGCCGCCCAACGAUACCCGAUUCUCCUCUCCUCUUACUACCGCAGCUGCACGCAUCCAGAGCCCUGAGCUGCACAUCCUCUCGAUCCCCCAUCCUUAACCCGAAUCGAGAGGGGGUGGGAGGGGGGGGGGGAGCGGGCGGGGAUGUCGUCGUCGGUGGGAGGCGGCGCGGGCGGCUCCGGGGCGGACAUCGCGAGCCUGCUAGAGAAGGCCAAGGAGCUGGACCAGCUGAAGAAGGAGCAGGACGAGGUGAUCGGCGAGAUCAACAAAAUUCACAAGAAGAUCCUCACCUCUCCAGAGAUUGUUGAUAAAUCAGUUGACGCCAUUUUACUUAAGCUUCGCGGUUUAUAUGCACAUGCUAAGGAGCUCUCUGAGAGUGAAAUCAGUGUUUCAAAUGCUUUGGUUGGAUUAUUAGAUGGUUUGUUGCAAUCUGGAGCUUCAACUGCACAAAGAAAAAAGAUAGUUGGUGAACUGAAAAAGAAGAGGAUCAAGUCUGAUGCAGAUACUGCACGAUUUUCUGCUGCAUCUAUGAGGAACCAACUUGAUCAAGCUGCAAACCUCAAAGGAGAGCAGGUUGCAGCUAGGGUAAAAUCAGAUGAUGAAAAAGAUGAGUGGUUUGUGGUGAAGGUCAUACAGUUUGAUAAGGAAACGAAAGAGUAUGAAGUACUUGACGAGGAGCCAGGUGAUGAUGAAGAGAGUACCCAAAAGUAUGAGAGGAAGUACAAGUUGCCUAUGUCUUGUAUUAUUCCAUUUCCAAAGAAGGGGGAUCCUUCCAGUGCUCCAGAUUUUGGGCAGGGUCGACAAGUAUUAGCGGUUUAUCCUGGCACAACAGCAUUAUAUAGAGCUACCGUAGCUUCUCAUCGUAAGAGGAAGUCUGAUGAUUAUAUGCUCGAGUUUGAUGAUGAUGAGGAGGACGGGUCUCUACCGCAAAGAGCCGUGCCAUUCUAUAGAGUGGUUGCCCUCCCGGAGGGCCACCGGCAGUGAAGAUCUGGGACGGGGUUGUCCUGCGAUAGGAGUAUUUGAGUGUGACAGUUUAGUAAUCUUAUCUCAGCUGCAGCUAGCCGCGUGAGGCAGUGCAGACUAUAGCACCUGUAAUUUGUGGGGACUGCGACCAACUUGUAUGCCUUUUCAUGCAUCCAGAUGGGGAACGAGUAGGCUAUGUUAGCGUAAAAACAAAAUUAUUUUUACCAUGUUCAACCUGAAAACUAUAUAAGUAGGAGAUUAUGUAUCGUUAUUACUUGAUGUACAGUGCAGCGGAAUAAAAGUUAUAGUAAACUAA